CACUAGCAAACAUGGCCACCGAAGCAAGCAGGCCACUCACAAACGGUACUGAUCCGGAGUCGAAGACGAUGGAACCAAUACAAUUCUCCAUGCCCUUGCCAAACGCACCCGGAAGCCGCAUCCACACGCACUUGACCAUCCUCGCAACGUCAAUCCUUCUCUUCUGCACCAGCACUACAGCCGAGUUCUCCUCCUCUGCCAUGCCUUCGCUCGGCAGUUUCGUCUAUGCCAUGCCUGAUGUAUAUUUUGCAGACCGCCUGGCCAAAACAUUGGCGAGAAGAACAAACUUGCCUGUACAGGUUGGCAGCUCGGUCAACUUUUCGUCGGCUGGAAACGGUGGCAGUGUUGAAGAAGAGAUGGAGGCUUUCAGACAGCUGGUCGCUGUCGUGCUGAAAGAGGUUGAGAAGGCAAGAGCUGGA